ACCAGAACCUUCCGUUCCUCUGCUGUCGCCAGCAACGCCGUCUACGGUUCCCCAAAGACCGGUCCUUACUCCAACUUGCCAUUCAAGGUCAAGGACAGAAAGAUUCCUUUCGGUUUGUUCUACUGGUCCAUCACGGGUCUCUUCUUUGCCUUCCCAUUCUUGUCCACCUACUGGCACAUGAAGAAGGCUGGUUCUUUU